AGAGCAAGGCGUGCUCUGCGCUUAGGAAGUAAAACACAGAGAGAGAAAGAGAGAGGGAAAGGCGCUCAGCUCCUCUUCUUAGUCGUUAUUUGCGAUUCAGUCAUAGGAGAUUGGUUCCUUUCUGGGUAUUCUGGCGUUUGGUUUCGUUUGAAUCAGAGGAGGAAAGUUGUGGAAACCAAGGAAGGAAGGAAGAAGAACCAGCGGCGAAAACAGAGAUGGAGUUGUGCAAUUCUUAUGAUGAAUUUGAGAAGCUCGUUAUAAAGAUGAGCACUCCUAGGUUUGUUCUUCCUUCUCCCUCAAAUCCUUUUCGCGAUUUUCAGUACGGCUCUUUCAACCAAACAUGUAUCAGUUUGUUUUUUCCCUUGAAACCACACUCCAUGGCUGCAGAGACUAUGGAUUUCAUGGUUUAACGGCUUUGGAACUGACCGGGACUGAUCGUGUUGGUCUUUUGUCAGAAGUAUUUGCAGUUUUAGCUGACCUGCAAUGCAAUGUGGUGGAGUCUAAAGUGUGGACUCACAAUGGUCGCAUUGCAUCCUUGAUCUAUGUUAAAGACUGCAAUUCAGGUAGUCCCAUUGAGGACUCGCAGAAAAUUGACAGAAUCAAAGCACGUUUAAGGAAUGUUCUCAAGGGAGCUAAUGACAUUCGUAGUGCAAAAAUGACAGUUUCGAUGGCUGUAACUCACACCGAGAGAAGGUUGCAUCAGAUGAUGUUCGCUGAUCGUGACUAUGAAAGGAAACCCAUUUUAAAGUGCAGUGCUGAUUCUCCACUGGUCACUGUGUAUGACUGGGAGGAGAGGGCUUAUUCGGCUGUGAAUGUUCAGUGCAAGGAUAGGACCAAGCUUUUGUUUGAUAUUGUUUGUACGUUGACAGAUAUGCAGUACGUUGUGUUUCAUGCCACUAUCAACACAGAGGGAGACAGAGCAUAUCUGGAGUUUUAUAUUCGGCAUAUGGAUGGAACUCCCAUUAGUUCAGAACCUGAGAGACAGAGGGUAAUUCAAUGCUUACGAGCUGCUGUUGAAAGAAGAGCAUCUGAGGGUGUAAGGCUGGAAUUAUGCACAACGGAUAGACAGGGCCUAUUAGCAGAUGUGACAAGAACAUUCAGAGAAAAUGCUCUAAACGUGACAAGAGCUGAGAUAUCAACCACAAGUGACAUGACUCAAAAUAUUUUCUACGUAACAGAUGCAAUUGGGAACCCUGCAGAUCCCAAGAUCAUCGAAGCUGUCAGACAGAAAAUUGGUAUGAGCGAUCUAAAGGUGAAGGAAUUGCCAUUGAUAUAUCAUGAAAAGGCAGAAAGGGAAGAACAAGCAGUAGGGGUUGGUGGGGCCGUGUUUUCACUUGGGAGCUUAGUGAGAAGGAAUCUAUACAAUUUGGGAUUGAUCAAAGAGCAGUGCUAGGGGCACACGCCUCCUGCACUCUCCGGGCCAACACAUGCUUUUUUAUUGGGCCACAUAAGCUUGCUUCCGGUAUGAAAUGAUUACUUCUCCCUAACCAACAUAACGUGGCCCAAUGAAAUUGGAAGUGUUGGAUGGAGAGUGCAAAUGGCGAGUGUUGCUAGCAUUGCUCUUGAUCAAAUCAUAUUCUUAAAGUGCAUAGAAAGGCAAUUCCGUACAGCUAGGAGAUUUAUUCCCUGUGUUCAAUUUGGUUGGCAUAUGGCAUAUUCUUUGCUUGAUGUUUAGGGUUUGUACAUAUGAAAAAGGUGGAAUUUGGUGAUAGUAGUUCUUAUAAUUGGGGGUUUAGUUGGUUGAAUAGAUGGUAUUAUAGUCUGAGGAAGGUAGCUACACCAAAGGUUUUUAGUGGAUGCUUGGUUUGAAGGAAGGUUUGAAUUAGGCAAAAGUUAAAAGGGUAUUGGUGGAGUUUGUCACACAGAUUCUUGCCGGCAGACAGAAGAAGAAGAAGAUUAGGUAGAUGAAAACAUGGUUUUACCAUACAACACAUUUUGUACAUAACGACUUUUUUAAGUUUUAAUUAUAAUGGUUGACCUGAUUUUUUAUAUCUCUAAAUCUCUAAGUGGUCUUUAAGUUGGUACAUUUGACGAAGAAAUCCUGUGUUUCUUG